AUGACGGGUAGCAACCCAGAAGGUGUUGUCACUGUAACAUUCGAAACAACGGAUGAAUCCGACAUGGCUGUGAAGAUGUUAAAUGGUAGAAUAGUAGAUGGACGGAGGUUAGAGGUGUCUCUGUGGGAUGGAAAAACAAAAUACAAAGUACAGGAGACGGAAGAGGAACGGCAGAGACGGCUAGCUGCUUGGCAAAAUUACAUCAAGGGAGAUAGCGAUGAUGAAGAAUCAGAAAAUGUGACCUCGGAUGUGAAGAAAAAUUCAUCAGAUAAUGUAACGUCAGAUGUGACAAAAAAUCUACCUGAAGGAUCAUCAGCAGAAAGCGACGAAAAGUCUGGUGAAGAACCUACACCAGAAAAGAAGACUAAGUUAGAAACUGAAAGCGGAUAA